GGUGCCGGAGCCCCGCAGCUGUGAGGGAGGAGGCGGCGGCGCGGGGGCCGCUGGGGGCGAUGGCGGCCGGGCCGGCCGUGUCCCCGCCCCGCGGCGCUCUCCCCGCACCCUCCCGCCCUCCGCCGCCGCUGCCAUUGGGAGCCGAGCCGCGCCGAGUCCAGGCAGCCGCCGGUCCCGCUCCUCCGCCAUCGCCAUGAGCUUCUUGUUUGGUAGUCGCUCUUCCAAAACCUUCAAACCAAAGAAGAAUAUUCCUGAGGGGUCUCAUCAGUACGAGCUGCUAAAACAUGCGGAGGCCACGCUGGGAAGCGGCAACCUCCGGAUGGCUGUGAUGCUUCCAGAGGGGGAAGACUUAAAUGAAUGGGUUGCAGUUAACACUGUCGACUUCUUCAACCAGAUCAAUAUGCUGUAUGGAACCAUCACAGACUUCUGCACGGAGGACAGCUGCCCCGUGAUGUCUGCUGGCCCAAAGUACGAGUACCACUGGGCAGAUGGCACAAACAUAAAGAAACCCAUCAAGUGCUCCGCACCAAAGUACAUUGAUUACCUGAUGACCUGGGUCCAGGACCAGCUGGAUGAUGAAACGCUGUUUCCUUCUAAAAUAGGCGUACCAUUCCCAAAGAACUUCAUGUCAGUGGCCAAGACAAUUCUCAAGCGUCUCUUCAGAGUUUACGCUCACAUCUACCACCAGCACUUUGACCCGGUGAUCCAGCUGCAGGAAGAGGCACACCUUAACACUUCUUUCAAGCACUUUAUAUUUUUUGUUCAGGAAUUCAACCUUAUUGAUAGAAGAGAACUUGCACCACUUCAAGAACUGAUUGAAAAACUCACCUCCAAGGACAGAUAAAAGGAAGAGGACUUCAUGAAGUCAUUUGUUUCUUUAAGUGAGCGUGUGGUAUUUGUUUUUUGUUAAUUUGUUUUUUUUUUUAAAAAAGAAAACAACAAAACAACCCCCCUGUGCUGUUACCAGUGACAACUGAGAUCUACUUUCUGUGCUUUUAUUAGGGGAAAUAUUUUCUCUGUUAGUGACACGUGGUAAAUAGCUUUUUUUAUUAUUAUUAUUUUAUUGUUAUUCAUUGUGGAAUUUCUAGCAGGUGCUGAGUGUUUAUAAAGGAAAUGUGCUUGGUUGGGGGAUUGACUCUGCUGGUGGAUGGGUUCUUGUGUUGUGUCAGUGGUAGCCCAUUCUCAUGAAGUCCCUGGAAGACUUGCUUACAUUCUCUAAGUGCCUUGGCAGACUCACUUCUGAGGUGCAAAGCACAUACAAUACUGAACAUUGCUGGAAACAGAAAAUAUGUACUAACACCCAGACACUUACUGAAACUUGUUUUAAAAAGAUAUAUAUGUCUAUGCUUACACUAAAAAAAAAAAGCCAUAACUUGCUGAAAUCAAUGAUCUCCAGCUUUUAAUACAAAUACUUGUCUUAUUUUUUUAGAGAUGAAUAUAGAAUUUUUCAAAGCUAGAUUACUUCUUACAAAGAAAAGCGAAGUUCUUGCUAAAGCAGAACAGUGAAGGUGGUGUCAAAAUUACACAGACCUUGUGCUUAGCAAGUAGUUAGUUCCAUGUCUGCUGCCAUGGGACUUCGCAUAGUUGCUUUUAUUUUCUUAGCAGGAAAGCAUCGGUUGGGUCAGCCAGCUUGUUAAGUUCCCCUAGCAGUUGCCAAAUGAACAGGUAGUUUGCACAAAUACAAUUAGGGAAAAUAUUCCCUAUAAAAAGUUGCACUGGGAUAGUAGUAAUAAUAAUAAUAAUGAAAACCUGGCUUGCAAAAUAACUGGUGGAAAGGUGGUUUUAAGUUAGAAAUGCAAAGCCUGGCUCUGAGGAGGGGCUCUGGUGGCCACUGUUUGCUGUUUGAGGAAAUGUGUCUUGGAGGGGAGAUAAUUUCAUGGGCUGCUUUGGAGUUAUGUUAUUGUGAUGGUGUUCUCCCCUGUUUAAAAUCACUGCCCAUCUUCAGGGAACUCCAGCUGUUGGGAAAAGGAACAGGUGAGGCCAAGGUGAGCACAUGACAGAGAAGUUGAGCUUUUGUUUUGUGUGGCUUGGCUUGACCAGAAAUGCUGAGUAAAGCUGGAACUGGUGUGCAGGAGCCUGCAGAAGAGAUGAAUGGCACAGCCAGCAGGAAACAGCUGAGCACAGACAGAAAUUACUCCCUCGGGAGCUGCUGGGUUCCCAUGGGGGAUCCUGAUCUUCCGGCUUUUCCUGUGCCACCAUCCGCCCGACAGUGCAAAAGCAACCCAUCUCCCAAAUUCAAGCUGCAUGGUUUAGAUACAGAGUGAGCAAGGCAGGAGCUCCAAGAUGCUAAACAGAUGAUGUCUCCCAUUAAAUUUCAGGGUGACUCCUUGGUUUGGUGUCACGUGCCAGCAAGAAGCAAAAAGGAUGAAUGUAGAAACGAGGAUUUGCUUGGACACGGCAGUGCAGUGCUUCACGUUCCUGGCACACUUCUGCCCUGGGAGGGCUGAGUUCUUGUUGUAGUUUCUUUUUUUGAAUGGCCAGUUCAGGAAAUCCAGAGGCAUCUGCCACAGUUCAGCCAAUCAGAAUUGGAAUGUAUAGAGUAUAAAAAUGAGUCCUAGGUGAAUAGGGUGUUUUUUGUAUUCAAUAUCUGGCAGUAGAAAGUCUGACCAAAUAGUUUCUGGGCACGUAAUAAAAGCUUGGAGAUCAUGAUUUGCCUGACAGCUGUAUGAACACAUUGUUUAUUUACACAGCGCUUGAAAAUAACAUCACUGAGGAUGUGUUUGCAAUGGUGGGGAUUUAGGAUCCCCGUGCUGUUUCUUUUUGCAGCUUUUCAUUGUUUUGCUUCUGAAAGCUGUGGGACCAGAAGUUGACGUGUGUUUACACUCUUGGAGUAAGGGCCCAUGGAAAUGCCACUCAAUGGAAUCUGGAUCGAGUGAAUGUGUUUAUAAAACAGUGCAUUUAUGGGAGGAAAAGGGGGGGGACACCCCCUGCCCCUCCAAAUAAACCCCAGAGAGACAAACCCUGCACUGCUCCAGGGCCCCACUGCAGACUUGGAGGGGUGAUGAGCGCUCACAGACAAAACCUUCCAGCUUUGGUCAUGAGGAGCAGGAAGUGUCAGUGGGGUUGAACCAGGGUGUGCUUCCUGAGCUGCCUCAGGCCUUCCACUGGCAGGCUCCCGAAUUCCUAUGGUUUGUGGUGGUAUGUUGCUACCAGCACACUGGAUCUUGUCAGGGAUUUGGGUGGUGACUUGGGGAGGGCACCUCGCUGGAGCUGGGAAGGGGCAAAGAGCAGAGUCCGCAGAGCUCAGCCACCGCUGGCAGUGCUGACGGUGCUCAGGUGGAUGGAUGUGGGAUGUGCUGUCCGAGUCAGGGAUACAAGUUACACGUGCAAAGAGGAGUAAAACCACCGCGUUCUGCUGGUGCAGGUGCUGAGGGGAAAAAACACGUUUUGAGGGGCAGGCAGCCCAUCUGCAAGUAUCCAGUUUCUUCUCCUGCUUACUAUGCAAUGUAGAGCUUUGAACUUCUACUUUUCCAUGGAGACAGACAGGAGCACUGUCCUUACUCAGUCCUUAGGAACUGAGCCCUCUCCCAGUGUCCCUGACCCUCAGCAGGUAAGGACACCUAUUUGCUGCUAUGGACUCAACUUACCUUUCAGAUUGUUCCUUUCUAUUUCUCACCCCUCUUCCUUUCUCCUGUGUCACCAGACAAAAUUUUACUAUAAACACAUCCUUUUGGGUAGUUGUGUUUUUCCUUGCUGCCCUCUCCUCCUUUCCUGCCUGCCACAGUGCUGUUACUCUACAUAACCCCCCUUUUAUAGUUGGAUUGUUUAAGGAGCUGCAGCGCAAACAGGGAUUCCUUGCUUUUUUCCCCACAGAAAUAAUAACUUUUGCACCGAAUCUCGUUUCCUUCACCGCUGGUAGCAGUUGUCUCUUUUCCAGUCCCUCACUCCUAAAACCACUGGCAGUUUUAUGGAUGCCCAUCAUUUUUUCCUGGAUAUCUUCUCUUUUAACAUGAGACUAACAUUGGUGAUUUUCAGUGUUAAACCUUCUUAUUUCCCUGCUUUUCGUAUGGUUUCCUCUUGCUAGGUUCAGUUUGCAGCCUAGGAAAAUACCCAAUUACCUUAUUUUUGUUGGAAGAACCAAUUCCCCAAAUUGUUCAUAGAAUAUUGUAUUUUUAGGGGAGAUUAAUUUUUUAUAGCCACUAAACUAUACUCAUUAUUUUUGUACGUUUGCAACUUGGGGACAAUUUUCCGAGCCGUGUCGCGGAGGGAACACUUCUUAUCAUGGCUGUUUGACUACUUGGGAAUGCUGUGGUUGUGUAUAGAGGCACAUGCCUUGAUGUGCACUGGGAGAGAGAAGGAUACAGUAAAAAUGAACGAGGUUUCAAUAAAAAUGAACAAGGUUUCAGUAAAAACAAACGAGGUUUCAGUACAAGGCCAUUUUGGAAAGCAACAAAACCUCCGAAAGCGACGCUAACCUUCCCUCCUCCUUUAGAAUCCUGAAAUAUAUGGGAAAAAAUGCAGUGUAAUGUGUAAAAUGCAAGGAGAGAACCCUUACUGUGAGCUAACUGUGCCAAUACCGCUUCAGUUUGUAGUCACUGAUGGAGAUUUCAGUUUUAAAUGAAAACAGCUUUUGAUUAAAAAAAAAUUAAGUUGAAUGUCUGAAAAUCCGCACCGUGUUUAUUUGAGAGUUGUAAAUAAUGUAUACAGAUGGUUGUAUGUGAUGGGGCAGAAUAUUUAAAUCCUAGGGUUUUUUUUUUCAAUAAGAACCUGAAGGCUGUUUAUAAGAGAAAAUAAAUAGCUAUGUUUGACCAUGA